GGGGGUGGGCGCACUGCACGGGUAUGGGGGCACUGCACGGGAGGUGUGAGGGCACUGCAUGGGAGGUGUGGGGGGCACUGCGUGGGGUCCCAGACACUCGCAGGCGUUGGGGGGCGGCUGGACUCCUGUGUCCUGCCAGAGCUGUGGCCGCGCAGGGGCCUGCGCCGGUGGCUUCGUGGCUUUUCUCCCCCCGGCGAGGAUGCCGCGGGCGAGCCGGCUCUGGUCGCCCGUUCCCGGGAGCCGGGGUCGAGCCGGGCGUUCGCAGGCUGCAGGGCCGAGCCUAGACACGAGAGCAGGGUUGAGUCACGUAGCUGAGUUGGUGGCUUGGUCAAACAGCGCUGCCCGGCUAAGGCGUGGCGGGGUCCCUCGCGGCACCCCUCCCCUCCCCUGGGGCAAGGCCAGCUCUUCGUGUUCAGCCUUUUGUUUCGACGACAGGAAAGCGAUCGCGCGGAUUUGUUCUCAGCGGUGCACCUUUAUUGGAAACCUCUGGGUUUAUCUUCUGGAUCCCGUGCGCACACCUGAGGGUGCCGACGUUGCGUGCGUGGCAGCCCCGCGGCACCGUCGGGAGGACGUCGUCGAGGGUGAACGGCGGCGCGCGGGUUGGGAAACGCCGCUCUGUCCUCGGCGUGCCUGCGCCGUCUCUGACGCCACGCUCAGAUUACCUCUGGCUUCAGUGUUGCAGCGAGUGUCGUUUGAGAAGGGUUUUGUUAGCGUGCGAUUAGCCGGGAGUGCUGGCUCACCUGUUGCAACCAUUGCAGCCAUGAUGCCUGUCACAGCUGUGAUGCCUGAUGAUACGCCGAUGUUUGACCCGAAUAUCCUUCACGAGCUUGACUGGAGCGAGAACACUGCAAUGUUUUCUCCUGCCAUUUCUCCGUUAGAUCCAGGGGAUGGAUUAGUUAUGAGACCUCUCUGCACUGCUGAUUUGAAUAGAGGAUUUUUUAAGGUUCUGGGUCAGCUGACGGAAACGGGAGCGGUCAGCCCGGAGCAGUUUAUCAAAACCUUUGAACACAUGAAGAGAUCUGGAGAUUACUACAUUACUGUCGUGGAAGAUACAAAUCUAGGGCAGAUUGUUGCUACAGCAACACUGGUUAUAGAGCAUAAAUUCACUCAUUCGUGUGCAAAGAGGGGCAGGAUAGAAGAUGUUGUGGUCAGUGGGGAAUGCAGAGGAAAGCAGCUUGGCAAACUCUUAAUGUCUACCCUUACAUUGUUAAGUAAGAGACUGAACUGUUACAAAAUUACUCUGGAGUGUCUGCCAAAAAACGUGGCUUUCUAUAAGAAGUUUGGAUAUUCAGUAUCUGAAGAAAAGUACAUGUUUCAGCGGUUUUUCGAUUAAGAACUUCUAGCUCAUCUUUUGUAAAGACUUGGUGGAAGAUCCUGCGCUACAUACAACCUUUUUUCUUUCUUUUCUUUUUUUUUUUUUGGUGGAAAAUUAAAAUAAUUUUUUGCUGCAAAUACAGUGACCCUUAUAGAUGCUGGACAACAAAUUGUGCAAAACCUGCAACCUUACUGACAUUGUAGAAGGUUUCUUUGGGGUGGGAAGAUGAGCUGGUUAGAACUAAUUUUACUACUGUUCAGUCUGAGUGAAGCUUUUUUUGUUCUUAGCUGGGUUAUGAGAGACUAUUAUAAAGGGGAUGGUUUUUAACCAAAGGUAUAUAUUUUUAUCUCAAAUUUUUUCUUGUCUCGUAUUUUUCUAACGUUUUGCGCUUAUUUCCUUGGUAGUCAAAGUGCAGGUAGCGGGGUUGGGCUUCUGCCUGCGCAUGCCUGGGGAAAAUGUAACUUGUAUAGGGACGCUUUGUAUUACACAAACGGCAAAGCAGAAUAGUACUAGUUUAACUUCAACCGUGACUCUAAAUGCUGGUGACAUGAAUGUACAAAAAGCUUCCUAGGCACCAUCUUCCCAAAAUUCAACUAUGUGCUUCCCUUGCAAUCUGUUCAGUGCAGGUUGCGUACUGUAGAUAAUUACUGGUUUUGCUACGGUUGAUAUUCCAAAAAUAUACAGUGUAUUCCAAUAGCCAACUAAAUGAAUACGAAUUCAAGCCCUGUCCUGUAGUGACUACCCUGAAGCUUUCACAGCGGUGAGUUAUUAAUCUGUGAAACAAACCCGAAGUUAUAAUUGCCUAAAGUGUAAAACCGUUCCUAUCUUUGGUAAGACUAUCCUUGUUUCUAUUCUGCUUAGCUGUAAUGUCAUUCGAGGACAGGAGUUUAACUCCUGCCUCUGAAAAGGCAGUGACAUGUUCAGUCGGACUGACUUGCUGUACUUGAAUUCCACUGGGCCGGGUCUGCAGUCUUUGAGGCUAACUGCUUGUGCAUAUUUUGUAAAGAAAUCCCAAAUCCUGGUACCAAAGGCUUGAUGCUGCUUUGGCUCGCCUUUUCUGCUAUUAACGUUGGAUAAAUUAUUUUUAGCACUUUUUGCCACUGAUAGAAAAAAAAAGAAAAGAAAUGCAAACCCCUUUGUUUCAACAGGGACUUUUGUGUGAAGAGUGACAAGUCUUCGUGUUAUGAAUAGGGCAUUAUAAGUACAUGAAGGUUACAACAGAACAGCUAGUCUUGUUUGUGAACAAUUAGGCUUACAAAAUGUUCUUUCAUUGCAGCGUUGAAGACUACUUUAAAUUGUGGGGCUUCUAUUUAAUGUGACUGAUGGUACUCUCUACUUAAUAUGUCGUUUCCUUGAUGGUGAUUAGGUUUUAUUUAUUGAUUGAUCUUUGUUCGGUUUUUGUUUUGUUUUUUUUUAUUAAAAAAUGUUUAAGCUAAAAUAAACGAAGACUGCCAAAUAUUUUUCUUUUAUAGUUAUCACCCACUGCCCUGGCUCGUUAACCUGUGGCACUGAACUCUGCUGCCCAGGGAGGCAGGGCUGGGCUCACGGG